GCCAAGUUGCUUCUGUUCCUCAGCUGUUGCACGACGGUUGUUCAGCCCUACAACCUCGACACGCAGCACCCGCUGGUUUUCGAAGGGCUCAACGGGACUUUGUUUGGUUACUCGGUGCUACUGCACAGCUUUGGCCCCAGUCGAUGGCUUGUAGUAGGCGCUCCUAAAGCCAACUGGGCUGCCAAUACCUCAGUAGUGAAUCCAGGUGCAAUUUUCAGAUGCCAAAUUGGGAAGAAUCCUGGGAGAGAUUGUGAACCACUCCAAGUAGGUGAUCCAAAAGGGGAAAAAUGUGGAAAAACCUGUAAACAAGAAAGAGACAAUCAGUGGCUUGGAGUGAGCUUGUCAAGGCAGCCAGGAGAAAAUGGAUCCAUUGUUGCCUGUGGACAUCUUUGGAAAAAUGUAUUUUAUAUCACAGAAGACAAAUUUCCUUACGGCGUUUGUUAUGAGAUACCUUCCAAUUUCCGGACAUUGUUGAGUCAAAGGAUAUGUCCUUGCUAUAAGGAAUUCUGGAAAAAAUACGGUGAAGAAUAUGGAUCAUGCCAGGCUGGAAUAGCAACAACUUACACAGAGGAUUUAAUUAUUAUGGGAGCUCCAGGAUCGGAUUAUUGGACUGGAUCCAUCUUUGUAUACAAUAAAACUGCAAAUAUUAUUCUUUCAUAUGAGGAUGGGAAUAGUCAAGUUAAGUCUGGGAGCUAUCUAGGGUAUUCUGUUGGAGCUGGUCAUUUCCUCUCUCCAAAAAGUACAGAAGUAAUUGGAGGUGCUCCCCAGCAGGAGCAGACUGGUAAAGCAUACAUUUUAAACAUUGAGCUUGAACACCUAUCGAUUUUGACUGAAUUAAAGGGUAAAAAGCUUGGUUCUUAUUUUGGAGCUGCUAUCUGUGCUGUGGAUCUCAAUGGAGAUGGCUUCUCAGACUUACUGGUUGGAGCACCAAUGGAUAGUAAAGUCAGAGAAGAAGGAAGGGUUUAUGUUUACAUCAACUCAGGAUCUGAAGCAAAUAUGGUUGAGUUGGAGACACCACUGGUUGGGAGUGAUUUGUAUGCUGCAAGGUUUGGAGAUUCCAUUGCCAAUUUAGGAGACGUUGAUAACGAUGGCUUUGAAGAUGUAGCCAUUGGGGCUCCACAGGAAAAUGAUUUAGAAGGAGCAAUUUACAUAUACAAUGGCAGGAAAGAUGGAAUAUCUGCCACCUUCUCACAGAGAAUACAAGGACAUCAAAUCAGCAAUACCUUACGCAUGUUUGGUCAAUCCAUAGCUGGGAGAAUUGAUGUAGAUAACAAUGGGUAUUCAGAUGUAGCAGUUGGUGCUUUUUUGUCUGAUUCUGCGGUGCUGCUGAGGACAAGGGCAGUAAUCAUUGUUGAUGCAUCGUUAAAACACCCCAAUUCAGUAAAUCGAACUAAAUUGGACUGUGUAAGAAAUGGACAACCAGCUGUGUGUGUGAAUCUGAUGCUUUGUUUUAACUAUAGUGGCCGCACAGUUCCAGGUUAUCUUGUAUUGCUUUAUAAUCUAAGCCUGGAUGUUUACAGGAGGGCAGAUACUGCAGCAAGGUUUUAUUUUUCCUCUAAUGGAACUUCGGAAACAACCUCUGGAAACAUCGAGAUUUACAGCAGCAACAAUGUUACUUGCACAACUCACCAAGCAUUCAUGAGGAAAGAUGUCAGGGAUAUCCUUGGUCCUGUACAUGUUGAAGCCACCUAUCGCCUUGGGCAUCAUGUUUUAAAGACAAGAAGUACAGAUGAACUCCCACCACUCCAACCAGUUCUUCAGCAACGAAAAGAGGAUGACAUUAUACGCAGCAAGUUUGUGUUUGCAAGAUUUUGCUCACAAGAAAAUUGUUCUGCUAACUUGCAAGUUUCUGGAAAACUCGCAUUUCCAAAGCCCCAUGAAAAGAAAUCUUACCUUGCAGUGGGAAAUAUGAAAACAUUGAUGCUAAAUGUCACCCUGUACAAUGCUGGUGAUGAUGCCUAUCAAGCUGCCCUCCAUAUCCAGCUCCCUAAAGGCCUUUAUUUCACAAAAAUUUUAGAGCAGGAAGAAACCCAGAUACAUUGCGAAGUGUCAGAAACGGAAAGCCAUGCAGUAAAACUCGACUGCAGUGUUGGGUAUUUAUACGUAGAUCACCUAUCAAAGAUGGAUUUUAGUUUUGUGUUGGAUGCAAGCUCACUUAGCAGGGCAAGAGAUGACCUCGGCAUCAGCAUUAAUGCAACUUGUGAAAAUGAACUGGACAAGGACAUACUGUUGGAUAACAGCCUAAUUUUAACUUUGCCUCUGAAGCAUGAGGUUGAGCUGAAUGCUCAUGGGUCUGUGUUACCAACGUCAUUUGCUUAUGGGCCCAAUGAGGAAAAUUCAUCUGUUACUUGCAUGAAGGAGACAAUCAACUUCAUGUUCCAUGUUAGUAAUCUUGGACUAAGCCUGGCUCCUGCUGUAGACAUGAUGAUACAGAUACCCAAUUCUUUUGCACCAAAAGACAAUAAGCUGUUUAAUGUUCUGGAUGUCAAGACAACUGUUGGACAAUGUAGCUACAAAAAUUAUACAAGGGACUGUACUUUACCAGAACAUCAUGCAAAUAUGCUGCAAGAUCUCAUUACAUUCUUUACAAAGAUUGACAAGAGAUUAUUGUACUGUAUGAAAGAUGACCCAUUCUGUUUGCUAAUACUUUGCAACUUUGGAGACAUGGAAAGUGGGAAGGAAGCAACUGUUCAUGUUAAUUUGGAAGCAACACCUUCGUUGUUAAACAUGGAUGAAGCUUCAUCACUUAUAUUUGAGGUAAAAGGAAAAGUUUCAGCGUAUCAAGAUCCCAAAGUCAUUGAAAUGCACAAGGACAAGCAAACCACAUAUGUCAUUCUGGAGGGACUUCAUAACCAAAAGACUAAAACUCGUGUUACAAUGCUGAUAAUUGGAAUAGGUUCAAUAGUUGGACUUGCUUUGCUUUUGUUUCUUGCAUGUAUUUUAUGGAAGCUUGGCUUCUUUAAAAGAAAAUAUAAACUUCUCCCACAAGAACAAGAUGGAAGAGAAAGUUGGAGCUUUGUAAAAAGUGAAAAAAAUGAUAGCAGUGAUGAAUAAGAGUUUUCUAUCUAACAGUAGAAGGAUCGGUUUCAUCAAAGGCACGGAUUACAAGAAUGGACAAGUCCUUGUCAUAUAUACCUGAGCAGAAGAAAAAUUUCAUCUUAACUGGGUUCUUAAAAUACACAUCAUAGAAUCUCUGAAGAAUAAAUGUAAAAUAUAAAAAAUUCAAGACAACUAGUUUCUGGCUGCAAAGGCAAAAGCAAACCAAAUGAAAACAGAAACUGGGUUCAGACAACACGAUAACCAACCAACGGUGGUUUAAAUAGUCGAUAGCUCAUUAUUUAACCCACUGUGGGUUAUCGUGUUGUGUGGAGGGCACCGUUGGUGAUUUUGUCAACCACAGAGUUGCAAGGUAAGAGUGGUCAAAACGGUGGCAGCUGCUCUAGUCUAGCCAACAGGAUAGGUUUUCAGCAACAAUGGCUGAUGGAAUACUAGUGGGAGGACUGAGGGGGAGAGAGGGCAGGGGAUGAGUGAGUCAACUCAGUGUGGGCUAAUAGUUGUGUGGGGAACACCCCCUAGAUAAACAACUGUCAACUUGGUUAUUAUCCAACCAUUGACCACUGUGUUGUCCGAAUGCAGCCAGAGAAACACUAGGAAAGAACCACUUCUUGUAAAAAAUAUAUGUUUUGACAAGGAGCAUAGACUGAAUCAUACUUGAAUUCAAGUGCAUAUCCUCACUGCCCCAGAAGUUAGCUAAUAAAAUUAUAAAUGUAACAAGUAAAUACAUUAUGAGCAGACCCUGGGGCAUAGCAAUAAACAAUACCUUCACUUACGUUUUAAAACAAUGCAGGAUAAAGUUUUUCCUAUGUACAAGAGAACUGACAUUCCCUUAUAUACUAUUUGAAAUGUAUACUACUAAAUUAGACAAAUUUGGUCAUUGAUACUAUUAUGGUGCAUCCUUUUCCACCCAGUUCACUGAAUUGGGGAUUAUGUCAGCAAUUGUGAAGCUUGCACAGGCAGGGACUUCAAGAAUUCUUUUUUUUUUUUCUUCCCCAGGGCCAACCUGACCCCAAAACACAAAAUCAGAGAUCUUUAACCUUCCUCAACCCCAAAUCACACACAUGGAAAUUAAUCUUUGUACCACAACUCUUUUCA